GUAUUUUGAUUGGUUUAUUCCAACGCUUUCGUAGUAGUCCACGAGGGGGUGAGUUUUGUCAGUGGAUAAACAUCACAGCAACAUUUUUCGAUAACGCUGUCAAGAACAUGUACAGAAAAAGAAACGUUUGCAGGUUUUGAAUGACAUGAGGAAACCAGAGGACCUGCAGACUAGGAAGGUGUUCAUCCGAAUUAUUCUUCUGUGCCUGACUCUUUCCCUGAGCUCCACUGCUCCCUCAUCACCCUGCAGAGCAUGCUAAAGAUCACCAUGAGGCCAAGAUUAACCGCUGUGAUAGAGCUGAGUUUGAUGCCAUUGUGACAGAUGAACAUGGAGUCAUCUAUUUUAUCAAGGGAGCCAUUCAUUCAGGAAUGAGGGAACCGUCUGAGCACAUUUAACCACUGAUCAAACUUCACUUGAUUUUAAGGUCAUGGAUAACUCACGCACGGCGGUAACCAACAACCGGACCCGUGGGCUCACACAAAGAACGUACGUGAAACAUGAGACAAAAAGGGGACAAUAAUGCCACGGUCCCAUCAGACAGAAACCCAACCUGACAAGGUGACAGGACCGUGACAGCUGAGCUCUGUCUCACCAGAGGACCCUGCUGACCAUGAGGCUGCUCGUUCAAACUCUCACUCUGUGCCUGGCUCUCUCACUGAGCUUUGCUGUUGCAACGCAUCAUCAGGAAGGCCAUGCUCAAAAAGAAAAACCUCAUGAUGAUAAAGGACAUAGCCAUGAAUCGCAUCAUGGAGCUCAGCUUGACCGCUGUGAAGGAAUGGAGUUUGAUGCAGUCGCUGUGAAUGAGGAGGGAGUUCCUUAUUUCUUUAAGGGUGACCACCUAUUCAAGGGUUUCCAUGGCAAGGCUGAGCUGUCUAAUGCAACCUUCCCUGAGCUGGAUGACCACCAUCACUUGGGACAUGUGGACGCUGCAUUCCGAAUGCACUCUGAGGAUAGUCCAGACCACCACGACCACCAGUUCUUCUUCUUGGACAACAAGGUCUUCAGCUACUACAAGCACAAGUUGGAGAAGGGCUAUCCCAAAGAUAUCUCUGAAGUUUUCCCUGGAAUCCCUAACCACUUGGAUGCUGCAGUGGAGUGUCCCAAGCCAGAGUGUCCCGAUGACACAAUAAUCUUUUUUAAAGAUAAUGAUAUCUACCACUUCAAUAUGAAGACCAAGAAGGUUGAUGAAAAGGAAUUCAAAGGCAUGCCCAACUGCACAGGAGCCUUCCGUUACAUGGAACAUUAUUACUGCUUCCAUGGACUUCAGUUCUCCAAGUUUGACCCCAUGACAGGAGAAGUCCAUGGAAAAUACCCCAAGGAGACUCGUGAUUACUUCAUGAGAUGCUCACAUUUUGGAAAAAAGAAUGUUGAUGACCACACUGAAAGAGAACAGUGCAGCCGUGUGCACUUGGAUGCUAUUACUUCUGAUGAUGAUGGCAAUGUAUAUGCCUUUAGAGGGCACCACUUCCUCAGCAUAACUGGCGAUAAGUUUCAUUCAGGCACAAUUGAGAGUGCUUUUAAAGAAUUGCACAGUGAAGUGGAUGCAGUCUUUUCUUAUGAAGGGCAUCUCUACAUGAUCAAGGAUGGUAAUGUGUUUGUGUACAAAGUUGGAGAGCCACACACACUCUUGGAGGGCUACCCCAAACCCCUAAAGGAAGUGCUGGGAAUUGACGGUCACGUAGAUGCUGCCUUUGUGUGCGCAGACAAACACAUGGUUCACGUCAUCAAAGGUCAAACAAUCUAUGAUGUUGACUUGAAAGCCACCCCACAUGUCCCUGUGAAGGAAGGAACCAUAACUCUAUUCAAAAGGAUUGAUACUGCAAUGUGCGGACCCAAAGGUGUGACGGUUAUUAUCGGUAACCAUUACUACAAUUUUGAAAGUCCCAUGAUGAUUAUUGCAGCCAGAGCCCUACCUAAACAGCACAGGGUGUCCCAGGGGCUGUUUGGCUGUGACCACUAGAGGGUGGCAUACAGAGAAAGAGAAAAGGAACUUCUGUGCCAACAGCCUAGAAUGUGCAUGCUGCAUGGGAAUCUCUCUGCAGCUUAAAAUAGACACACAAAUUAAACAAGUAAUUUUACAACCAGAACCAGAUCCACUUUUUUUGACACUGUGGUAUCAAAAUGUUUUUCCUACCUCUAAGAUUCUCCUAAAAUGUAGCAAGCCCUUAAUGUGAACAUAUACAAGCUACCCUGGCUGUUACUGCCAUUGGAUUGUGUGCUGUCUCACGUACAGUAUGUCUAUUACCACCAAGCCUGUUAUGUUUUAUUUAGAGUUCCAUUGAAGCAUAAGUCUUGAUGAUUUCACCUAUGUCUACGUACUUUGUGGUUA